AUGCAGCUGAGCAGCCUGCUCGUCACUCUGGUCAGGCAUGGAGAGUCGCAGGACAACGCCCAGGCCAUCUGGGCCGGCUUCAGGGACACGCCCCUCUCGUCGGCCGGCGUCAACCAGGCAAUGGCCCUCGGCCAGGCGUUUUCCAACGUGCCCCUCACCGCAAUCUACUCGUCCGACCUGCGCCGCGCCGCCAUGACGGCAGAGGAGAUCCUCCAGGCAAACCGCUCCAUCCCUCCCCCGCCCCUCGUCCAGUCCAAGUCGCUCCGCGAGCUCAACUUUGGCCAGGCAGAGGGAAAGAGCUGGGCCGCUGCCGAGUGGACCUCGCACGCUCAGGCAGAAGAUGCGCGCACCUUUCGCUUCCCCGACGGCGAGUCGCUCGAGGACGUCAACUCGCGCAUCGCCAAGGCGGUGAGGCAGUUUGUGCUGCCGCGCGUCGAGGCGUUGCGCAAGCAGGGCCCAAAGACGUCGACGUCGUCGUCGACGAGCGCUGCAGAAGUGCCGCACAUCUGCAUCGUCGCCCACGGCAUCGCCAUCGCAGAGCUGCUCAGAGUCUUUAUGUCUCUCCAUGACCAGACCCCAAACAGCCCCUGGGCGGAUCCGCGCCUGACGUACCGCCGCGUCAGGCUCGAAAACACGGGCUGGAGCCGACUGGAGCUCGCAGUGCCCGUGGUCGGUCCAGGGGGGAGCCGCCCAUCGCCCCAGCCGACACCAACGACCCCGCAAGCAGCGGGCGCAGACGCUCGCGCCGACGCUCGCGCCGACGCUCGCGCCGACGGUGGAGGGCAAGCAACGACCUCGGGAGACUCUCUCGCCGACGGCGCCGAUGGGCAGCACGGCGAUGCCUCGCGAGCGGCUCUGUCCGCUUCGGAAGUGCAAGCAUCCUCGAAACUCACCUUUGUCCGGAUCCUGUGCCAGAACCAGGUCGAGCACCUGCGUGCCUUUGCCAUGCAGACACCUGGCAGCGGCGCGGCGCAUGCCCUCGGAGGUGGCCUGCCUGCUGGCGCGGCAGCUGCGACGGGCAGUCCAACGCCCAGCAGUGUCGGGCAGGCUGGCGCCGGUGCCGCUUCGUCGGGCGCCGGCGGCAGCUCGACCCUGCCUGCGAGUGCCACCAUGGCGUCGAUCGCCUCGAAUGCGACGCUGUCGACCUCUGCGUCGAACGCCACCCUGCCACCUCCUUCGACACCCGGCGCAGGGCUCGCCACAUCGUCCGGAGCUCGCUCCGUCAACGCUACACCGGCCUCGGCGCGAAGCCUCAACGCGUACGACGUCAAGAUGAUGGCGCGCGAGCUGGAAAGGGCCGGCGCGGCCCAGAUGCUUGCCGGCACGGAAAGCCAGGGGCUGUCCGGCGGCGGUGUCAGCGGCAUCGGCGGCGCUGGCAGUGGCAGUGGCGGCACGACGACAUCGGGAGGCGGCCACAGCGGUCAUCCGUCGACCGCCGGGACGCCGAACCCGUCGACGCUGUCGGAGCGCGCGGGCAUGCCGCAUGCGAGCUCGAGCCUCGGCGCACUCCACGCCGGGCAGGCCGGCGCCUCUGGCAGCAUGCUCUUCAACCCCUACAUUGGCGGAGGCGCUUCCGGUUCCGGCAUUGGCAUGCCCGCCGGCUCGCCCAACGCGUCAGCGGCGGGCUUCCUCAGCGCAUCUGGUGCCACGUCGGACGUGUGGCAGAGCAUCUGCGUGCGAGUGCUGCCGCUCUUCAACGGCGAAGGCCUCCGGACCAGCAUAGAGGAUCUCAACGAGCUGGUCAGCCAGCACGUCCGCCGGACGCUGGACCGCGGGCCCGCACGCGCGCUCGAUACUCUCUCGUACGACCUCACCUCGCUGGCGGCAAGCGGGACCCUGACGCUCAACUCGAAGCUGAUGGGCCUCGACGAUGUCAGGCUGCUGGUGCGCCUGGCCGAGAUCUGGACGUUUUUCCUGGGCCAGGUGCUCCCCUACAUCCAGGGGUGCUUCCUCCCCUUCCAGACCGACCCGGUCCUGCAGAGCCUCGCCAGCAACAUGCGUGCCACCAACGCCGCUGCAGCCCAGGCGGCCACGUCGCCCAGCAUGGCGGGCGCGCUGCGGACCGACAAGAUCAACGUGCGCCGCAUCCUGCUCGCCGUGUUCCGGGACCGGGUGGUGCUGCCGCUGUACGAGCGGCUCUCGUACCUCUUUUCGCACAUCAGCGAGGUCGAUCCGGGCUUUUGCUCCACCGACGACGCCAUGGCGGGCGAGGGGUCGAAGCAGGUCUACCUGCGGCUGCUCCAGAUGACGAGCAUCCUCGCCAGCGUCGUCAGCGACGACGAAGCGCAGAACCACGUCGACGGUCUGGUGCGGGCGCUGAGGAUGGGCAGCAAGGCCGCGGGCAAGGCCAAGGACGGCGGCGGCGUGGGCGACUUUGGGCUCGGCGUGCGGUCGUCUUCGCCGACGCAGCAGCGCUCCAAUCGGCGCGGCUGGAUGGCGCAGAAGGCGAGGAAGCACGGCGUCGGCUCGAUCUCGGACAGCCUGAGCCUGGGCUCGAUCGCAGGGGGCGGCUCGUUGACGGGGACGCCGCUCACUCUGCGCUCGGUGCCACAGACGACGAUCAACCGGUUCGGCCAGGAGCUUUCGGAAGACGACUACCUCACCGCGCUGCGCUCGCCCACGCUGUCGACCGAGCCAUCGACGCCGGGCCAGCCACCACCUCCGCCGACGCCCCCGGCCAAGGAUCUUGCCAAGGAUCUCGACCUCUCGGCACACAGGCGCAGCGAGGAUUCGUCGCGCACCGCCGCUCCGAGGACGCGCAGUACGCAGGCAGUGCAGUGCGAAGGGGCCAAUCCCGCUGAUCACGGGCGGCGCCUGAGUGACGAAGGGUCCACGGACGACGCUCGGCCGGCGAACGGUGCGGAGCCCAGCCAGAUGCAACUGACGCGCAGAGGAGGGUCGGAAGGCGAUGCGGAUGGCCAGGCGGAUGGCGGGGCGGAAGAGCUGAAGGACGGGGCCGCGAGAGCGAACGGCGACGGCGGAGGUAGCGCCGCGACACCAGCGGAAGACCCGUCGGACAUGACCAGGCGGCAGGACGCAGAGGCUCGACAGCAUGCCAAUAAUGCGCCUCGUAGUGCGGGGCAGUCGGAGCAAGCGUCUUCGGCUUCGGCGACGGGCGGCAGCGCAGAGCGGAACGGUGCCGCAUCCAUCCAGCAGACGGAGCGGUGA